GGCCGGAGGACUACGAAUCCCGUCGUGCCCCGCGCGCCGCCCGCCCUGACUGCGGUACCGGGGGCUGUGGUGGGCACCGGGCACCGCCGCCAGCCCCCGUCCAGCCCCCGGGACCGGCCGCCGCGGGGAGCGGCGCAAUGGGCGGGGAGGAGGAGAUCGUGCGCAUCGCCAGGCGGCUGGACAAGAUGGUGGCCAAGAAGAGCGCGGAUGGUGCAAUGGAUUUACUGAAAGAACUGAAGAGUAUGCCUAUGACUUUGGAUUUACUGCAGUCCACCCGCAUUGGGAUGUCAGUAAAUGCACUGAGAAAGCAGAGCACAGAUGAAGAAGUGAUAUCACUUGCCAAAUCCCUCAUCAAAUCUUGGAAAAAACUUCUAGAUGCUUCUGAGGAGAAAAGUGAGGAGAAAAAGAAAAGCCUGUCCUUGCCAACAUCUUCCUCAAAGGAGACUGGUAACUCAAGGGACCAAAGCUCCAACAAAAGGCAGGAGGCUCCGAAGACUCCAACCACCCCCAAAAUCACCACCUUCCCUCCGGCACCCAUCACCUGCGAUGCUGUCCGCAACAAAUGCAGAGAAAUGCUGACAACAGCUCUACAGGCUGAUGAUGACUAUAUUGCCAUCGGUGCUGACUGUGAGCACAUAGCAGCCCAGAUUGAAGAAUGCAUAUACCAAGAUGUCAAGAACACCGACAUGAAAUACAAAAAUCGAGUGAGAAGCCGCAUCUCUAAUCUGAAGGACUCCAAAAAUCCUGAGCUGAAGAAGAAUGUGCUGUGUGGGGCAAUUACCCCUGAGCAGAUCGCCGUGAUGACCUCGGAGGAAAUGGCCAGUAAUGAGCUGAAAGAGAUCAGGAAAGCCAUGACAAAAGAAGCGAUCCGGGAGCAUCAGAUGGCCAAGACAGGAGGGACGCAGACUGACCUCUUCACCUGUGGGAAAUGCAAGAAGAAGAACUGCACCUACACCCAGGUGCAGACCCGCAGCUCCGAUGAACCCAUGACCACCUUCGUCGUGUGCAACGAGUGUGGGAAUCGCUGGAAGGUAGCACACCAAGGAUAUUACUGGCACUGAGGGGUGUUAGGGUAGCUGCACCCACGAUGCUGCAGACGCUUAGCUGCUGCCCUCAGAGGUGCUUGCCAAACGCUGACUGGCUCUAGCAAGUGAUCUUUCCUCCCCGCACAGAGGCAAGAGCUCCUGGGUUCAUCCCAUCUCUGCAGACCAGCUGGGGUCAAGUCUCACUUUUGUAUUCCCUGCCUCCUUCCUCACAUCCCCUCUUCUGCCAUGACCAGCUUCACAGUGCUUUCCAUGCUCCCUCUGCCCCCUGAGAGAUGGUGGUGAUGACAUUCAGGAUUUUAAAACUGCUCUUUGACACUGCGCACAGAGCUUGGGGAUGAGCAGAAAUCUCCCAGUCAAUGGCGAGCAGAAAUGGUGCCGCUACCAAGAGCCAAAGAGCCACGACUGAGAGAUUCGAAUGGGGAGUUGUUUGGCCCCUGCUCCAGGGGCUGAGCCCUGCCUCUGCAGGAUCCCCAAGCCCUUGCCAGCUUCAGAAACAAGACCAUCACCUGGAUCCUUAUCUUCUAGGCAGCACACGCAUGACCCGCAACUCCCCUUGGCAGUGCGGUUUUUCUAAUCGGGGUUUAAACUCCCUUCUC